AUGGAUUGGAGAACGAAAGGAGCCGUUACUCCAGUUAAGGAUCAAGGUCCUUGUGGAAGCUGUUGGGCAUUUUCAACAAUUGCUGCUACUGAAGGAAUUACUGAAAUUACCACCGGGAAACUGAUCUCACUAUCGGAACAAGAGCUGAUGGAUUGUGACAAGAACAGUGAAGACCACGGAUGUGAAGGAGGAUACAUGGUCAAUGGGUUUGAGUUUAUUGUUGAAAACAAAGGCAUAAACACGGAGGCAGCAUACCCUUACCAAGGAGCAGAUGGAACUUGCAACACUACAGAGGAAGCUGUUCAUGCAGCCACAAUUAGCGGAUAUGAGAAUGUACCUACCAACAAUGAGUCAGCCCUGUUUCAGGCAGUGGCUAUGCAGCCUGUUUCCGUUGCUGUUGAUGCUUCGGAAUUCCAGUUUUAUUCUGGUGGUGUUUUUAAUGGAACAUGUGGUACUGAAUUAGACCAUGGGGUUACAGCCGUUGGGUAUGGGACCACUGAUGAUGGUAUGAAAUACUGGCUCGUGAAAAACUCAUGGGGAACGAGUUGGGGUGAAGAGGGAUACAUCAGGAUGCAGAGGGACGUUGAAGCUAAGGAAGGGAUAUGUGGUAUUGCUAUGAUGGCUUCUUAUCCAACUGCCUGAUAUACGUCUUAUAUGAAUGAUUUUGGAUUUAUGUAAUAUCUAUAUCUUAAUCAUCUUGUCCAUAUUUUGUGACUUGUAACAUGAAAAUUCAGAAAAUUGCAUAGUACGAUAGUAUCUGAUACACUUAUCUGUAAUCUAUGUAUAAAGAAACUGAACUGUAUACAUGGUCUUCUUUUAUUUAUCAGAAAAAUAUUUGU